CAUCAUUCUUGUUCUUUCCUGAUCUGUCAAGAACGAGUAGUGUCCUCAACAACGAGAAAUUAACGAAACCCACGCCACCUUCAGCUUCAGGAAUCUCUCUGCCAUGGAGGAUUACAAUAGAUCGAGAUCAUCCGUGAACGGGGUGAUGGGGAUGGAAAGCUACCAUCCGCCUCCGAGACAGCCCACUUCCUAUGAUCUCCAGUGCUAUAGUGCUUCCUACGCACAGACCCAGAUCGGUAUGGCUAAUAACCACAAUCCCGGCAGCAACAACAAUGAUUUCGAGUUGAAGAAAGGGAAGAGCACUUCUAGGUCGUCAUCAUCAUCAACCAAGUCUUGGAGCGUCAGUGACCCUGAGUUUCAAAGGAAAAAGAGGAUUGCCAGCUACAAGAUGUACAGUGUCGAGGGUAAAGUGAAGGGGUCCUUGAGGAGGAGCUUCCGGUGGCUGAAAGACAGGUACACUCAGGUCGUCUACGGUUGGUGGUGAUUCAAUGACUUUGGCUGGUUAAAUUUCGUUUCUUGUUUCCUUUUCUUUAUGUUUUGUGGUUGUAUUCAAUUUGAUACAUGUUUGAGCUAAAGUUCCAAAUUUUUGUGUCAAAAAUGAAAUCCAGAUUUGUGGAUUGGCCACUUGCGGACUAGUUGAUUGUAAAUUUGGAUAACGAAGCUCUGUUGCCUGGAAAUCACUUCUUGUCCUUUGAAAACCUUGAUGCAUGUUAUGAAUUUCUCAGCUUUUAUCAUCUUGACUGGCUAUCACAUGCUUUGUGAAUUGUGAAUUGUGAUGGAAGGAGUUCAAUCUGAUGCAGCAUUUGCCAUAGCUUUCUUCCCUCUUUCCUCAUUAGCAAAGUAGAGAGUUGUAAGUUCCUUUAGCCUAGUAGUUUUAGAAAUCAAGAUCUCCUAAUAUGGUAUGUGAGUUUGUUUUUCUUAUCCAUCGAGUCCGAUGGUUUUCUAGAAGAAUGCUUUCCUCCUAAAUUUAUCGAUUCUAUAUUUAAUUAGUUCCUGGUUUUGUUGUUUUAUUUCUGCUAGUCAAUGCUAUUGUAGUGGCACAGAAAUCUGGGAUUGUUUCAUUCACUUCCAAAGAAUCUGUGUUCAUUUGUUUUGAUGAUCUGAUCAUAAUCUUUUUAUCAUGCCAAUUUAAUUAUACUAUACCUCCCUGAGUUCGUUCUUGGGGCAACUCCAUUUAAAGCAUUCCAUCCAAGGAUUCCUUCUUAUUCCUUACAUUCAAUUUUUUUUUUCUUUUAUUGUGGUGGUUUGGUUUUCAUUAUGUUCUACUGCAUCCUCAGUUGUUUGUUCCUGUAGUUUAUCUUCGCUUUAAUCAUUGGCAUAAUAGUUGAUACUGUC